CCGUUCACGAGUAAGCAUAGGCCGAGCCGGAGACGAUCGCUACUGCUGAACAUCGACACGUCAUACAAGGGAAAGCAGUUGCAAUAACCAACAAUGCCGCAGCGCGAGGCAUCCACCGCUUACGAACGCAAACAGAAAGCAAACGGAAUGAUACGACGAGACCAAAGCACUGCGAUCUCAGCCAAUGGUCUACUCAGUAAACAAUUCGCCAGCAUCACUGACGUUCUUCUCAAAGCAAGCCAGCGACGUGAUCAGAACCUGCAGCAAAGGCUGUCGAGACCAGUGCCCAUUUCAACAACAUUCAGGCCUGUGAGCAAGCCUCUUGUCGCCGCUGAAUCAGAGCUAUCAGAAGUUAACGCUUGCGGUGACGAUCAUAUCGAUCUUGAACAAGUCAAACAAAGCAAUAAAGAUAUUGUCGGGAUCAAUUCGAUGACGGCUGGCACUAAUGAGGGACAGUCGGAUGUGUCGGGGACACAGACCAGUCUCCGUGGCUGUGACGUACCGGAGUAUGCCGAGAAUCCCAGGAUGAUGCUCGUUGAGCUGGAAUCGUCGAGCCCAGAACAUUCCGGUCGUGAUGUGAAUGAGGAGCUUGACGACAGCUAUGGCCAAGAGAACACCCGGGUAGACACGAAAUGUGUCUCAUCGUUGAUGAAGGGUACCGCCGUUGAGCACGUCAACGAUCCGAAAGGCAUACCUACAAGCCCCAGCAUAGAUGAGGCAGACGCCUUAUCGAUCUUGGCUAGGCGUCUGGGCAUCGACGGUAAUGAGAACAAGGUUUUUGAAAUUAUCGAAUCCACGUUUGGUGAGCUUGACGAGCAAUUCUCUAAUGCAAGCCACACCGAGGAUAAAGACAACGACCUCAAGGCUCUCCGUGAAGAGCUAGCGACUGUAUUUUCGCCACCAUGGGAUACAACCUCUCGAGACUUCCAGCGUACCACUAGGGACACACCCGUCAAUAGCAUGAGAUCGAACCCUCAAGAGCACGCAGUUGAAAAUCUUCAGCCAGACGACACACCACCUGCUGCUGCCUUGAUAUUGGAGCCUGGGGAUGCUGAGUGCAAGGAUGUCCAGGUCGGGUGCACACAACCCUUCAGUGACGGCAUAGGCGAACAGGAGACUCAGAGAGAAAAAGAAACGAUGCUCGAAAGGGAGAACGAAAAGCUUGAAGCGACUAUAAAGUAUGUUCUGGAGGAGGAGAAGAGAUACCGUGCAAUUGAGGAGAACAAGCGCCUUAAAACCCGUCUGAUCGUCUCUAACCUGGCUGUUGAUGUGGAUGAUAAAGCCAUCCGUGCCUUCUUCGCUAAAUAUGUAACGGAGAUCCGCAAUGUCACCAUUCUAUCAGUACGCGAUCCAGUCAAGAGGACUAGAACAGCGUACGUCGAUAUGUACAGCAGGAAAGUAGCGGUUCGUGCAUCAUACGAGGUCGGAAGUAUUUUUGGAUUGAUUGUGAAGAUCAAGUUGGCAGUGGAGUAAUGGGGGUCGAAGGGUGACUUUUGUGUAUAUAAGUCGUCAGGGCCAUGGUGUAUUGUAUCUUCUCAAGAGACCUAAUCAGUAGCUAUGUUAUAAGUAAUACAUAUCUCUCAUACACUAUACAGCAGCUCUUUUAAACAAGCUGUCUCUCAAGCUCCUUUGUCACUUGCUAACGCCUUCUCCAACUCACGAUCAGCGCUCAACUCCUUUUCUGCCCCCUCUAUCACGCCCCUGAGUCCCUUGGCACAGGCGUCCAACUGCGCCCUCUCCUCCUCAUCAAGCUGAAUCGGCAUCGCCUUGAUGAUACCCUUCCGACCUACCACUGCCGGCAUCGACAAACAGCAGCCCAACUCAGGUUGGUAGAAGGACAAUGGUCGAACA